AUGCUUACCAAAAAUAGAAAAGUGUACAUUCAUAACCCAUAUGAAAUACCUAAUUAUGAUGCAAUAAACUUAAAUAAGGAGCAAUACAACUUAUUUAAGAAACAAUAUGAAAUCAAUCAAAAUCAGAAAUAUCUAAUAGAAGUCACGUGUGAUGGCACUUGGCAGGGAAUCCAAGAAGCCAUCACUCGAACAGAAAGUAAUAUAGUGCAAACAUUUAUGACGUACCAAGAAACAAACUUGUAUGCCAAAAAUGAGAUGAUGAAAAAUUGGGUAACCCUAAAGGAAGGAAUACCAAACAUAGAAAAUGACGAGCUUAUACAAGCUAAGCUGUUACUAUUGCAAAAGAUCAAAAGAAUUAUUGAAGAAAUACAGCACGCACAUACAAUAGGAAGCAAAGUAUACGUAUUGCAUAUAGGAUCGAAAUCCUACAGAGAUUUAAAACCGGUACCAGAAGAAGAACAAAUUAAAGAUAAUUUGGAAGCUAUACUGAGUCAAACCAAAAACACUGAUAUCAUGAUCUUAUUAGAAAACUCAGCAGCUAACAAAUGUCAUGGAGUGCAAAUAGAAAAUCUCUUAAAGAUUAAGAGAAAAUGUGUAAAACUAUGCUUUGAUAUGCAACACUAUUUUGCAGCAGGAAGCGGUAGAUAUCCUGAUAACUACAAACAAGUCAUAGAUAAAUAUGAGGAUGAAAUACAUCUCUUACACAUUAAUAAUGUAAUGAAAGAAAGAAAAAUUAAACAGAAAGACAGAUUUGUAAAGAAAAUUAAAGCAACAAUAUUUGGCUCUGGACAAGAUGUCCAUGCACUAUUACUACAAGGACAAUUAUCUUAA